GACGAGAUAAAGAGCAGCGUUACCAGUGCGGAGGUUGAGCACAGUGUUACUAAGCUGAGGAGUGAUGUCCCGACCACUGAGAGAAGUGCUGCAGGACCCUGAAGUGGUCCAAGGUCUCCAGGAACACCCUGGUACCUACAGGUUCCCCAGCGGGGCGUCGCUGGUGGUGUCAGCGGUCCACUGGCCUCCGCACGUCGUGGUGUCCCAGGACGUCGCCGGCAGCCUCUCCGUCGGAGGUCCCAUGGCUCUCCUCCUCGACACUGUCGCUGGCUCCCUGAACUUCACGUAUCGCAUUGUGACCCCGGCGGACGGCACUUGGGGGGCCAAGCUGGAGAACGGGACAUGGUCGGGCAUGGUGGGCCAGGUGAGCAGGCAGGAGGUGGACAUCGCCCUCGGGCCCUUCGGCAUCACGGAGAGCCGAAGCAAGAUCGUCGACUUCACCCGGUCCUUCUACUUCGACGACCGCAGCGUCCUGGUGGGCAAAGGCGUGCCCGAAGUCGACUCCUGGUUCUUCCUCCAUCCGUUCUCAGCAUUCGUGUGGGUGGCGCUGCUGGCGACGCUGCUGGUGGCCUGGCUGGCGCUGCUGGUGCUUGGCCAUCACCCCAGCGACGCCGGACUCGUGAAGUGGGCAUCACAUCUGCUCUUCCGGCAGUUGCAAGUUCUCCUCCAGCAAGACGCGACCGUCAGCUUGUUCCUGGGCGUGGAGCGAUUGGUUGGCGGCGGGUGGGUGGUGGUGGCGAUGAUGUUCAUGUGGAGCUACCAGGGCAUCCUGGUGUCCCUGCUGGCCGUGCGCCACAUACCACACCCCAUCCAGACCAUCAGGGACCUCGUCGACCACGCCUCCCUCACCGUCAUCAUGGAACCAAACACCAUCGUUACUGACACCAUCUCUAAAAUCCGGUCUGGUGAGCUGAAGGAACUGAAUGAUUUGAAGUACGUGGGUCGCGUGCGGUACGAGCACGCCAAGAUGUUCCCCUGGGCGCUGGACACCCUGGUGAGGCGCCACACCCACGUCGUCAUCAGCACCAGCCUCUCCUCCGACCUCUUCAUCGCAGACCUCUUCGCCAGAACAGGAAGGUGUGACUUCUACAAGGCGCGACAAACGUUCUUCUCGUCUACCAACUGCAUCAUCGGCCAGAAGGGGAGUCCCAUUGUUCCUGUCAUUAGCUACAGGAUCCGGCCGUUGGUAGAAUCUGGCCUCUAUGGGCACUGGUUGGUAGGUGACAUCCCCUUCCUCGUCUCCUGCAGGGCCUCCCCCUCCAGCAUCACCGUCAGGGAGUCUCUCACUCUCACCAACAUCUGGGGGACACUUGUGCUGCUAGGAAGUGGCUUCCUGCUUGCCUCCCUCGUCUUCUGCCUGGAGCUCUGCUUCGCCAGACGCUGCUCCGCCUGACCUCGGGCACCGACAGAUGGACCCAUCUAAUAGGCUUGACCAAACCUCCGCUUACCUUGCUACACCUUGUACGUCUACCCAUCAGUCUACCUUCCAUUUAUCUACCAAUAAUUUGACC